GGUUGGAGCCAUAAGGGAAAGAGAGGAAGAAUUAGCCUGUGUGUUUAUGUGGCUGUGCUCCAGUAAAUAUUUUGAUGCAUCUGCUGCCAGCUCUGGUCUGAGGGAAUCUAUCUAGCAUUUAAAUUUUGAUGGGGAGCUGUUUUGAAUAAUAACAGUGCAGCCGGCUGUGAGUCAGUGCAUGUGUGUUGACUGAAAAAAAAAAAAUCUCAAAGCUUAACGCUUGCUGAACGCUAACGCUGAGCUGCAGUGCUUUGCUUUUACCCUCCUCCUUUCUUUUUUCCCUUUUUUCCCAAAUAGAUUGUGGUUCAUUGGGGGGUGGGGGGAGCAACAAAAAAAAAAACCACCCUCACAAGUAGCUGUUGCAAUGGGUGCAGUAAUGGGUACAUUCUCUUCUCUACAAACCAGACAAAGAAGACCCUCAAAAGACUUCGCCCGAUGGUCUUACCUGUCUCAGAGAGAUAAAAUUGAAGAUGAAUUAGAAAUGACCACGGUGUGCUAUCGUCCAGAAGGACUGGAACAGCUUGAAGCACAAACCAAUUUCACAAAGAGGGAACUUCAAGUGCUUUACAGAGGAUUUAAAAAUGAAUGUCCUAGUGGGGUUGUUAAUGAAGAGACGUUCAAACAGAUCUAUGCACAGUUUUUUCCACAUGGAGAUGCUAGUAUGUAUGCCCAUUAUCUUUUCAAUGCGUUUGACACUACACAGACUGGAUCAGUGAAGUUUGAGGGUUUUGUGAUGGCACUAUCAACUUUGUUGAGAGGAACAGUUCAUGAAAAGCUAAGAUGGACAUUUAAUCUUUAUGACAUAAAUAAAGAUGGAUAUAUAAACAAGGAGGAAAUGAUGGAUAUAGUAAAGGCAAUUUAUGAUAUGAUGGGCAAGUACACAUAUCCUGUUCUCAAGCAAGAUGCUCCAAGACUGCACGUAGAAGUUUUCUUCCAGAAAAUGGAUAAAAACAAAGAUGGUGUUGUAACUCUAGAUGAGUUUAUUGAAUCAUGUCAGGAGGAUGACAAUAUUAUGAGAUCCUUACAGCUCUUUGAGAAUGUGAUGUAACAGCAUCUAGAAUGCAGCAUAGGAACCAGAGACUUUGUACGUAAUGAAAACCGUCUUUCUGGACGAAGGCUUUUUACAACUCAGCUAUGUUGCGUGAACAAGGAUUGUGUAAGGCAUCUCCAACUGAGCUUCGUUUCCGAAUGCAACAAACUCCCAUCUCUCCUCCCCAAGAGACACUGACUGGAAGUUAUUUCAUUUUGGAAGCAUGCUAAUAUUUUAAUAAAACCUGAUGAGUGAGACCUGCUGCUUGAAGUUUAAUGAAUAAUAUACAACAUUCUGUUUGCUAGUCACAAAUUCUGCUGCUUUUAAUCUAGCAAAUCUGAUUACAUCUGGUAGCACCAUGUCAAUAGCUUGCUAAGCCAUCUAUUGUGAGUGGAAGCUCAGUCCAUUCCAUCAUAGAACAACGUGUUGUAUAAAUGUCCUCUUUAUUUUGCUUUGGCAGAAACCUAAUGUACCAAGACAUCUAUGUUUAGAUUUUGAAAACUAACACCAGAUUUAUUUACUAUGUUAAAUGGAGGGUCCAGUUCAUUUAAAAACCAUAUAUCCCACUUUACUCAACAUUCCUGAUUUUUCUCUCACAUACACUGGUGUUACUCCAUUGAAUUUCAUGGAGUUGCUUCUGAUAUACACCAGCCAGAGGAGCAUUAAGCCAAUAUACAUUAGAAGAGCAGAAUACACUUUUCCAUAUACAAUUUCUACACGACAGAAUGAAUCCCAUUGAGUAACAUUGAGUUCCUGUAGGAGAAGAUGAUUUGAAUGGUCUGGAACUUUGGGGGGCAUGCUUUUACCAUUAAAUGCCCACCAGUAUUCCCAGCCACAAGGUGGGCCUCUAGUUUACAGUAUGCAUCUCCCACCAGAACCGCUUCAAUGGACCAUGGUCCUUUCUGUAUGGUUUGGAACACCGUUAAUAAAUACAUCAUUUGUAGUUUUACAUUGUUUUAAAGCAAGGUAUUUCCCAAUGUUUGGAUUUAUUUGAACUUUUAAAUUUUUCUUCUGAGAUCCCUCUUGGCUGCAAGAGUAAGGGAAUAUGUUUGGCCAAAUGCAGAGAGGCAAAUUAGAUCUUAGUACUCAGCAGGUCAAGUAACUGUCUCCACACAGGUUCACAGAGGGCACCGGGAAGGCUGAUUGCACUUGUACAGCAGAAAGCAGUUGUGACAGCAGGCAGGUAAAGGCAGAGGAACCAAGGAGGGAAAAGAGAACAACCUAACAUAGUCCAGGAUUGCCAUAGGCCUCCCGUAUAGGAAACACCUAUAUUUUUAUUAUAUCAGAGACUAUAUUACAAAUAUACUGUCAGCACUGAAAAUAUAUUUUAAAUAUUAGGUAAGUGGAAACUUUUUAUAAUAUGCAAAAUAUAUGGAAUCACUUGUUUCUAUAGCCCUAUAUUUUAUAAAGCCUAUUGAUCCACAGACAUAUUGCUGAUGUAGACAUAGUUCUGAUUGAUACCUGUGCGAUGCUGUGCUUGCACCACCGUCGAGGACACUCCUGUAACUCGUCCUGGCAUACACUUACACAGGUGCUGUGCUUGACUCAUGUGAGUAGCCCCACUGAAGUCAGCAGGGCUAUUCAAGUGAGGAAAGUUUUAGUGCAGGCAGGACUGGAGGCUUACUCUGCUUUUCUGGCUACCUCACACCAAACACCACCAAUGAGUUUGUUCCUACAAAAGAUGUAGGACAUGGUAACUCCCACCAGUGUGCUGUGCCUUGCAACGGGGGUGAGAUGCUGUGAGGGUAGCACAGUCCAGUUGUACUAUGUCUCCUCCAUCUAGCUAUUAUCUUGAUGAAUAAGUUUGUAGUAAGUCAAAGGUGGAAUAAAUCAGAAAUUAUAUCUUAUUGCCUCUUCAUUUUUCUUGCAAUCCCAGCUUAGGUACAGAAGCUUAGAUUUAAUGCAAGGCCAAUUUAUUUACACAAAGUGCAACUACAAAUUUUCAAUCUGAAUUAUUAAUUUCAUUUUACAAGAAAACAGCCAAAUAAAAGAAGGAAAAAAGUGAUUCAGAGUGACAGACAGUGUGUAUUUUCUGUAACAUGCUGCAUCAACUCUGCUCACAAAAUGGCAGAUGCAGCCUGUGGACUCCUAGAAAUUUAAAGAUGUAGUACACAAACUAAGAUUACUAGAGAGACAAGGUGGGCGAGGUAAUAUCUUUUAUUGAACCAACUUCUGUUGGUGAGAGAGACAAGCUUACACAGCGCUCUCCUUCACUUCAGCCUCACCCAUCUUGUCUAAUAUUCUGGGACCAAUGUGGCUACAAGACUGCAUACAAAAAUAAGAUUAUUUAUGAAAGUUGUCAGUUACAUACAUCCGAAGUGUGUGUGUUUGUGGGAGGAGCGGGAGGUGUCACAAGAGCCCAUAGACUGGGAAAAAACACUAAAUCAAGACAGUUCACGGAGAGGGGGUGAAUUUUAGGCACUGUCUUAUCAUAAUCUUAGACCAGUAGCUUUGAUAACCACCCUUCUCAGACCACUGUAAGCACAGUACCUGAGGCCACACCACAAUACCUAAGGCCAAAUUAAUUUCUUGGGUAACACCAUUGAGUUAAGUAGAAUUACAUCAGUGAUGAGUUUGGCCCCUGAUGUUUUUCUUGGUAUAAACUUUCAGAACUGCUAUAGUAAUGAUGCAAGUUAUCUUCUUGUUAGCUGGAGACAAAACUGUAGUGUGUUGAUUUGUUAAUCUGUGUACAGAGUCACUGCUGUACUAGCGUGUACUAUUGUCCAGACUGUUCUAAUGUUUAUAAGUACCUUCUGCUAAGUUUGGCCUCGAUUCAGCCACACACACAGCUUUAAGCACCUAAGCGUGUGAGAGGUCCCAUUGACUUCCACUGGAAUCAUUCAUGAUUGUGUAUUGCUGACUUGGGGCCUGAGUUAGUGGCAAUGCUGCUUUAGCUUCUCUUUUGGGGAGCCAAAGGCCCUGGGUACUGCUAUUGCCAUUAACCAUGGAUUCUGUAUGUGUAGGGUGGCCACAGAACAUCAAGGCCCUAAUUAUGCUCCCACUGAAGUCAAUGGUAAAACUCGCUUUGAUUUUAGUGGUGCAGGAUUGGGCCCUAUGACAGAAUGAUAAUGUUUCUACCCUGGGUUGAUACUUCAGUUCCAAUUACUGUUACUAAUACCUAAAAUAGCAGGAUUAGCACAUCUGGCAGCUGUAUCUUCACAUAUACUGUAGAAAGUAUUGGAAGCCAUUCCCCCUUAUUGAACAGUUCUAGUUGUAAAUUCAAAUGGUGACAGAGUAACUUUCUUUAAGAAACCAUGUAUUGUCCAUUGUAUCUUGUAUCUCAUCACACAAUUUAUCUGGCAAUGUCUCAUCCAUAGGCUGGUAUGCAUCGAUGCACAGUAAGCCUUCUCUUUAUGAACUGUUUGCAAAGCAUGCGUGGAUGAAAAAGAGCCAGUAACUGUGAGAGAAUUUUAUUCUGCUUGGAAAUGUCUUUUGGUUUUAAAUUCUCUAUGAAUGUUAGUUUGUAAACUUCCCAUGAUUCAUAAAUGGGGUUUGCAAUAUUUAUGGCAAAUACUUACUACUGCAGCUUAUUAAAUAAAACAUACUGUGAUAGUCUGAUCUCAUCCCAUCAUGAAUCCUACUACCUGUAUUUGGAAGGCAGUUACUGUGCUGGUUUCUAAGUUGCAAUUAGAAUAUCCAUCAGUGCUAUCAGCUGUACAUGUUUUCUCAAAAUUUUGAAUGUUUAAAUAACGGCCAGAUGAUUUGUCUGACUUAAUUCAUUAGUUAAUCUACAUAACCGUGCCAGCAGUUUUAAAGCACAUAACAUGCAUAUUAGGCAACAAAUCUAUUGAAAAUAAGAAUGUCAAUAAUGACGCAACAAAUGUAAUGUGUCUGCUACUUUUGAUGUUAGUUUUCCUGUUACUUUGAAAGCAUUGCAAUGUUGUGAGUAAUCAUGAAUAAUGUGACCCAUGAUGAUACUGAUAUCAUAAGAGAAAUGUCAAUGUUCAAAUGCUUUAAGCAGAAUAUUGGUAUCCCUGGAUUGUGACACAUGCUGAACAACAAACCACCAUUGUGUCAGCCUAAGAACUCUGUUGAUGCGUGUGCAGCAGUGUAACUUUUUUCUUCAUCAUGGAAGUCCCAUGAUUGACUUAAGAAGUAUGGGCAAAUAAUAUAAAUUGUGCUAACUGAAGCCAUUUUACUGGAGCAGCAAUGCAUCGCUUCACAAAUGCUAUUCUCCGAUGGCAAUUUGUAUGACAUUUUGUUGAACGGUUUUAAAGAUUUUGAGUUUAAUAAUAAAAAUAAAAGAUGUA